UACUACAAUUACUACUACUAUGUAUAAAUUGUUAUCAACUAAUAUAAUAAAUUAUAGAUCAAUGAGCCGUGUUUUAUGUAUGCCAUUAUCAAUGUUGUGGAUGGCAUACACUAAGCACAGAUGGUUUCAGACAACAACAACAACCUCAACAGGUGUCCGACCCAUGUCUGCAAAAACAAACAAUACGUUUAGUAUUAGAUCGGCGGCACUUAUGGACAACAAUAACAGCGCCGGCGAUAAUAUUAAUGGUUACGAUAUGAUUCAAAUGAAAAACCGUUGCAUCCGAUCGAUUGGUUAUAUUAUAAGAGCCCCACUCGAGUAUGAUAGCCGUAUUGAAGGGGGUAUAGGAUCGGGUGUUUUCGUAGCCAAUCGACUACUGUUAACUUGUUAUCAUGUGGUCAGACAAUCGCCAGUUAUAGGGGUUGUAUAUGUCUAUACCUAUGAUAAUAAUCAGUUGUUGAAAACACUGAUUAUGAUGGCCGAAGUCCUCUAUGUAGAGCCGCAAUGGGAUCUGGCACUGGUCCGACUACACGAAUGGCCAUCGCCGGCCUAUAAUACGGCUACUUCAAUGCAAUUGGCCACCACCACCAAUGAUGAUGAUAAUAUCCAUAUUGAUUUUGGCGAACCUGUAGCUACUAUAGGCCACGGCCAGGACUUACAGUAUGGUCUGCAUCCGGCGCACAAUACGGUCAAUAUCUACGGGUUUUCCGGUUGUCCACUCAUUGAUACCGAUGGCCGUAUGUGUGGUAUGGUUUGGGGCGGUAUAUCCCAUCGUGGACUCGUAACCUAUGCACUCGAUUCAAUAACAAUAAAAGAGUUUGUCAUCAGAGGAUUGAUUUAUGAAAGAGAUGGCAUAAAACUAAACCGUUUGAGGAAACGGUAUGAAUGGCAUAUACAAGAGCCAGACACUAGACUAUUGGGUUUGAUUUUGGAUACAAAACCGUUUUCGAGUAGUUUUACCGUACAAUCGGUUUUGCCCACUGUUUCAGAUGAAACAAAAAGAAUUAUCGGCUCACGUGUUACCAAAGUUUUCGGACAAGUGUUCAAUAAUAUUGAUGUCAUCCGAUCGGCUAUCGGUACUAAUCGGGUAAUCAAAUUGUCGAUAGGAUUACCCACUAUUAACAUCAAUACUAUAGCACCCGUCGAUAAUCAAGGCUUUAAGCCGCAUUGGGAUCUGGCAGUCGUCCGACUAUAUGAAUGGCCAUCGCCGGCCUAUAAUACGGCCAACUCGAUGCUAUUGGCCACCAAUGCUAGCCAUAUUGAAUCAAUUGGUGUUUUAUGUAUGCCAUUAUCAAUGUUGUGGAUGGCAUACAAUAAGCAGCCAUUGUUUCAUGGCUGGCAAUCGUUUCAGACAAUAACAACAACACCCACAUGUGUCCGACCCAUGUCUGCCAACAAAUACAAUACGUUUAGUAUUAGAUCGGCGGCACUUAUGGCCAACAAUAACAACACCGGCGCCGAUAAUAUUAAUGGUUUCGAUAUGAUUGCAAUGAAAAACCGUUGCAUCCGAUCGAUUGGUUAUAUUAUAAGACCAUUACUAGAAGAUCCAGAUACUGAUGGCGGUACGGGAUCGGGUGUUUUCGUUGCCAAUCGUCUACUAUUAACUUGUUAUCAUGUGGUCAAACAAUCGCCAUUUAUAUGGGUUGUAUAUGUCAGGAGCUAUGAUAAUCAGGUUAUGAUAAAUUUGAUUAUGGGCGCCGAAGUCCUAUAUGUAGAGCCGCACUGGGAUCUGGCACUGGUCCAACUUCAUCAAUGGCCAUCGCCCAUCUAUAAUACGGCCAAAUCAAUGCUAUUGGCCACCAGUGGUAACCAAAUAAUUGAUUUCGGCGAACCGGUAGCUACUAUAGGCCACGGCCAGGACUUACGGUACGGUCUGCAUCCGGGUAUGAUUACUACACCCCGAGUCGAUAGCUAUCUAAUACCCGUUAGCUAUUAUAUAAGUUUGGUACCGUUUAAUGAAAAAAUGCCAAUCAUAACGCACAAUACGGUCAAUAUCUAUGGGUUUUCCGGUUGUCCACUCAUUGAUACCGAAGGCCGUAUGUGUGGUAUGGUUUGGGGCGGUAUAUCCAAACGUGGACUGGUAUCCUAUGCACUCGAUUCAAUAACAAUAAAAGAGUUUGUCGUCAGAGGAUUGACUUAUCAAAGAGAUGGCAUAAAACAAAAUCGUUUGAGGGAACGGUAUGAAUGGGACAUACGAGAGCCGGACACUAGACUAUUGGGUUUGAUUUUAUCUAAACAACAACAACAACCGUUUUCGGGUAGUUUUACUGUCCAAUCGGUUUUGCCCACUGUUUCAGGGGAUACAAAAAGAAUUAUCGGCUCACGUGUUACCAAAGUUUUUGGACAGGAGUUCAAUAAUAUUGCAGUCAUCCGAUCGGCUAUCGGUAGUAAUCGGGUAAUCAAAUUGUCUAUUGAAUUACCCACUGAUGAUGACAGUAGUAGUAGUAGUAGUAGUGAUAGUCAAUGGAUGACAGUUAGAGAUGUUAACAUCAAUACUAUAGCACCCGUCGAUAAUCAAGGCUUUAGUAUUAAACCAUUAGUUAUUUGA